AUGCACAUUGCCAGUUCAGAGUUCCCUGUGAGUUACGGUGGCCCUCCAGGGCAAUAAACCAUCAGGAACGAAAGACAGGCAGUUUAUUGUCCCUUCUUCAUCUUUUAUCUUGAAUGUAUCAUCAAAUAUAUUUGUUUCUAUAAAAUCCAAGCCUGGUUUUUCCCUCUAAGAAUUUAUUUGAUUAACUUCAUUUAUCAAAAUAGAUAUUAAAGGGGCAAUCUGCAGUUCAAACAACUACACCCCGUCACCGAUUAAAACUUUUGGUUAAAAGCUGAGGGAUGGGGCUGGAGAAAUAUAACCUCUCUCAAAUUCAUAGACAGAGCUAGGGAUGCAAGGACUGACCAUCCAUUAUAUAAAAAGUAAAGGUUUAACCAUGUUUUGAGGCUAUACAGUGUUUGUUACAUUGACAUUGUUUGCAAACACUGGAGUAAAACAAGCUUAUAUUUUGGGUUCUGACAGUUGAACUAAGCUCAUGAGACAAUUAGAAGUUAUAUUCUUCAAGAAUUAACGGGUAUAUAUAAUUAAUUAAGUCAAAAAAUGGAUGUAGCAACUAAGGAUUCUAACUUUAAUUGGUUCAUUGAAGGGCAUCGUAACUAAAUGACAUAAUUAUGCCAACUCAUUGCUGGCACAGCUGCAGUUUAUAUCCUGCAGACACAACCUCCCUUGACCUCUCCAUCCUGGUUAAAGAUUAGGGCUACAACAAAAUGAUAAUAUUAAGUUACAAGGGAGACACUAUGGCCAUGGAGAACUGAAGAGAACUGGAGCACCUUUAGAAAUUACAGUAAUAUGAAUUUGGGUUAGGCAUGAUAUUUGUUUUAAUUGAUUGUUAUUAACUAUGCAUUGCAAGAACUGUAACUGCAACUGACUUAUUGAAUAGAUGUAUUGAAUUGCACACAAUAAGACUUCUUUAUGUUCUAAAAUAGUUAUACUACUUGUCUGUUCUUUAAAGCUGUUGCCUGUUGUCUCAGAUGAUUGUUCAAUGAGAACAAAAUGGUCCUGAGAGAGGAAUGACUGUGUGUUGUGUGCAUUUGUACGUGUUGUCUUACCUCAACAGUUGUUGUGUGCUACCUACCUCAACAGCACUCUCACUGUCCCUGUCUGUCUCUCUCUGUGUAUGUGUGUGUGUGUGUGUGUGUGUGUGUGUGUACAGGAGGCUAGUUGUGGCUAUGUGAUCAUCCUGAUGGCCCUGUACUGGUGUACAGAGUGUGUGCCUCUGGCUGUGACCGGUCUGCUGCCUGUCAUCCUCUUCCCUAUGAUGGGCAUCAUGGAGUCAAGCGAGGUACCAACACCACUACCCUCUCCCCUCUCUGCUCAACCACCUCCAUACCUAAUGACUGGAUCUUACCCACCCAUUAGACUCAGUAAUUGAGACAACAAGAUUCUGUUUUAUGAUCAGAAUAAACAGGUCAACAGUUGUUAUGACUAAAAUGUUAAAUGUAAAUCUUUGUUUAGUAGAUACAGUGUUGAGGACGUAUGAAUAGAGCACCUAAGUACUGUUGAUAAAGUCCUUACUGUUGAUCCCAUUAUUAGUAUAUUAUCGUAUUUAUAAGCAGAACCUGUCUCAGGCCAGUACACUCAUUCAGAACCCCCUGUCUGUCUCUCAUCCAGGUGUGUGUCCAGUACAUGAAGGACUCUACAUGUUGUUCGUCGGAGGGCUGUGGUGUGCUAUAGCGGUGGAAUACUGGGAACCUUAACAAAACGCAUCGCCCUCAGAGUUACCUGCUCAUAGUCUAGGGGGUCGAGGCCCUGCACCUGUAAGAGACCCCCUUUAACCGGGGUUAAUUCUCAUAUUACAGAGCUGUUUGGCUGAGGUGUUCUGAUAGCCAAUGCUGUAUUCAUAUUAAUGUCUUAUCUGUUCCUUUUAAAUGGUUUGUUUCCCCACUCUAUAUAUUCAUAACAGUGGCUUCAACAAUAGAGUCGAGUUCGUUAUAUAUCUACAAGACUACCCAUAUCGCUAGAGCUAUAGCUAUCUUAGCUCGCUAUCUAUCUCCUUCGCUCUCCUCUAUCUCUCCUAUAUCUCGCUAUUCUUCUAUCGCUCUCUCUCUCUCUCUCUCUCUCUAUCUCUCUCUCUCUCUCUCUCCUCUCUCCCCUCCCUCCCUGUUACUCCAGUCUGAUGAUGGGCUUCAUGGGCACCACAGCCUUCCUGUCCAUGUGGAUCAGUAACACAGCCUCCACUGCCAUGAUGCUGCCCAUUGCUAACGCCGUGCUGAAGCAGCUGUGUGACACAGAGGCCCAGGCAGAGGAGAGGGAGAUGGACCUGAUGGCCAUCAGGGGUGGGGCCGGGCCUGGGACUGAGGUAUCUAAGGGCCAGGAAAACCAGGCCUUUGAGAUGGAUGACAAGGAAAACAGUAUUACCAUAGGUGUGUGUUGUUAGGAGGAAGUGGUGUGUGUGUGGGGCGGGGGUUGGGGGGUGGGGUGUGUAUGUGUGUGUCAGCAUUUGUUUUGUGUUCAUUAGCCUCAACACCAUCCAUUCUAGGUUUCUCAAGCCAUUCUCAAAUGAGAAUACAGCCUGGUACCACGAGACUAUGUGUCCAUUAGUUCGCUAUGAGCUUUCACAAUCACAAGCUAUUCCACAUCUUUCUGUUUUUGUAAUAAAUCAUAUCUCCCUUAUUUGGCAGAUGAUGGAGGUGCUACUAAAUAUACAAAGGAUGUCAAACCCAGGGAGAAUGGGGUCAAGUUAGGUAAGUAGAAUACAGUAUGUGUUCUCUCAACAUAAGUGUUCCUCAAUCAUGGUCCUUGAAACCCACAGGGUGUAAAUGCUUUUGUUCCAGCCCAGGACUAACAUACCUCAUUCACACCUGUUGUGGAUUCCAUGAAACACCCUUCAGUAAAUUAGUCAACCAUUUAUCUUAGUAGAGGAACACAUUGAUAAGUAAGAUAUAUUGAUAAGUUAUUGAUAAGCUAAUUUAGGAUGUGACCUUAUUGAUUUUGUCCGUUCAAGACAAGAUUGUUUGGACUUAUCGUCUCGUCUGGCUAAGAUAGAAUACAAAUUACACGGACGCAUUGAACAUCAUGUUCAAUAUCACCACCAGAUACUCUCAAUCCCUGUUUCUUGCAGACUCCCUGAAAACAACAGGUGGGAAAUCUUUGCCCUAAACCCUUAGUUACCCUUAGGAAAACUUCUGACAGACUGACCUCUAACCCCUGAACAUUCUGAUUGGCUGACCCAUGGUUCUCUCCCCACAGAGCUAGAGGUGGAGGAGAGCCCGGAGGCGAGGGAGAGGAGGCUGAAGAGGGAGGCUAAGUACCUGAACCUGGAUAAAGGCAUGAGUCUCAGUGUGUGUUACGCUGCCAGCAUUGGAGGAACAGCCACCCUCACCGGCACCACCCCGAACCUUAUCCUUAAGGGACAGGUCGACGAGUACGUUUACUGUUUAUAAAGUCUUACUAUGCUUGGGUAGUAUUACAAGUAAAUACAGUAAGAUACCCAUCUGAGUAGCUCUCAUUAAACGGUUUAUUGUGUGUGGAUACAGUAUUGCAAACCGGUUUAGCAACUGUUCUUCUCUGGGAGAACUGUAGUGCCCAGUCUACUUUGCUUACAGCAGCUAAAGCACAUCCCUGGCUUGGGAGUUAGCUAACAUCUCUGUCACUUCCUCCAUAGAAUUAGAAUUCCGUGCACUUUCCCGUUCAAAGCAGCAUUUUGUGGUGGGUGCACCGGCCCGGCGGCCAUAUUGGGUGUACCUACAGCACAGUACCCUUUGGAAUGUUUAUGUAACUGAUGCUAGUUCUAAUUCUAUAAUUCUAUAAUUCUAUAAUUCUUUCCCCACAGAAUGUUCCCAGGAAAUGAAGACAUCAUCAACUUUGCCAGCUGGUUUGGUUUCUCCUUCCCCAACAUGGUUCUGAUGCUGAUCAUCUCCUGGCUGUGGCUGCAGUUUAUGUACCUGGGCUGCAAGUGAGUCCUUCUUUCCUUUUAUGUUUUAUCUCCAGUCAAUAACAUCCAUAACAUCGUCUCUUGGCAGGAAGCCGAAGCAAUGUAAUUGUGUGCCUGCAAUCCAUGUUGAAAGACGACACAUUCACCAACAUAAAAAUGCUAUAUAAUGAUUAAGCAUAGUAAAAUAAUAGAAGGUAAUGGUUUAUGGUUAUAUUUCACUUAUAUAGAAACUUCAUUGUCCAUUUAUGUUAUACAUUGACAUAUAGUCAAAGUAGAUAAAAGCCUAUAUAAGACCCAGAGUUCUAUAUAGUACUGUAUAGAGAUCUCUGAUAUGUCUCGAAUCUAUUUGGCCCAUUCACCCACAGCAUGAAGAAGUCGUUUGGCUGUGGGACGAAUAAAGAUGGUGACAAGGAGGCGUACGAGGUGAUGAAGAAUGAGUAUAAGAAGCUGGGCAGUAUGUGCUUCGCUGAGGGCUGUGUCCUGGUGCUGUUUGUCCUGCUGGUCCUGCUCUGGUUCACCAGAGAACCAGGCUUCAUGCCUGGCUGGGCCACUGUACUCUUCAACAAGGACAAACCGUGAGUGAUAGAUCAGUAUGUUCUGUGUUGUAACUCCUAUGUGUUAUCUCUACUUGUCACUCCCUGUGCUUCUGCCUGGUUUUCCCUCGCUUAUUAAAAAUCUGAUAGCUUUCUGCUGUGUAUCCCAGUCUUUGCUCUUUUCCGCUUUCUAAUGUAAGCUAACAAUUCAGCUGUACACAUAAUGUGAACGUAAACUGUAAUUACACUGUACAUGCCUAUGUAUCUACCAUAUCAAUACAUAGGAACACAUUGAGAAAUGAGACCAAGAGACAUUGUUUAUAUGUAAAUGUUUAUGUCCCAGGUAUGUCACUGAUGGCACAGUGGCCAUCCUGAUGUCAACGCUGUUCUUUGUGAUCCCAUCCCAAAUACCCAGAUGUGGCGGGUACUCUGAGGAUGGUAUGUGUGUGUGUGCACAUUUGUGCAUGUGUGUGUUUUUUGUCAAUAUAUCUAUGAGUGGUGAGAGUACACAGGGGCCCUGACCUCCAGGGGGCCCCCAUUGAUUUUGUUAGUCACUCUCACUCAGAUAUCAUAUUAACAUGGCAUAAGUCAUGGCAAAAUGUGUAGAAUUGCAGGAAAUUAACUUUCAAACUUACAAUUUUCUCUCCGCUGCCAGGAGGGGGGCCACUAAAAUGUUUUGCCCGCGAGGUGGGGAGGCCCCUCAAACAAAUCUCACUUAGGGCCCCCAAAAGCGGUAAUGUUUUCAUGAGCUUGGGUCCCAGGAAUUACUCAUUUGGGUCCCAAGCUGAAAAGGUUUAAGAACCCCUGGUAUAGAGAUAAAAUCUUUCUGACUCAGUGCUUUGUAAUCGUCCUGAUAGCACCCUCACUUCCCAGGGCUAGCACACGCUCGCACAUUCAUGCACACGCACACACACACACACACACACACACACACACACACACACACACACACACACACACACACAUACAUACUCCGAUACACAUCAGAGGGCUGCAGCGUGAUAGCGCUAGCCUCAAGGUCAGCCCUGCCCUACACGGCUAUAUUUUCUCUUCUGCCCUUUCCCCGAAACAAAUAGCUUUCAAAUCAAUAAAUGACUCGUGGACACUUAUAAAGGGAUAUAAUUAUUGUUUGGAUAACCUUUUUUAUAAUUUUUUAUUUUAUUUUUAUUUUACAAAAAUAUUUAUUCACUCUUUAUGCGAACACCGGAAUAAUAAUUAUCACUGAAUUAUCACAGUAAAUUAUUGUAAUGUUUGUUUGUGUCAAUUAACCCCAUAAGGGAUGGGUUGCCAAAUGGCGAUUUGGCACGAAAAUAAAAAGUUAUUCAUUCAUUCAUAUAAUACAUAUUCACUUGUCUCCCUCUGUAACCUAAGCUGAGUUUAGUGUUCUUACUCCUGAUAAGUGACAAGGUCAAAAUGGCAAAACGGAGUGCUCCAGUAAUGUAGCUCCUGCCUCAAAACGGUGGCAGCUCAAUGUGUUUGGCAAAUACAUGGGUGUCACAAUGAUUAAAGGCACUUAGUGAAGAGUUAGAGUUUUGAGUUUGCGAGGCAGACUUUAAAGUGCAUUGUCAUGGCUCUUUGACUUCUGUUUUUCCGUUCCUGGCAAGGGGUGUUUUUGUGGUCAUGUUAGUAUCUAGGAGUUAUCGAUGGCCUUUGCUCCCUGAGUAGCAAUGUAAGUAGGCAUAAGUUAGUACAGUUCUAUCUAGGACAGAGUCCUGUACAUCGUAACAGUAUAAUCUCUGCCCAUAUAGAUUUGGACAGAGAUACUGUACACUUUAAUAACACUGUAUCUUCUUAACUACCAUGUAAAUACACAGGUCUUAGGGACCGUAGUCUUGCGUUACCAUACUACCAAGUUCCUGCAGGAGUGCCUGGAAUCGAGGCUAUAAGGACCGUGAUGGUAAACCUUGUGUCAUUUUCCUGUGUGUGUCUUGUCCCUAUAGGAAAGCCCCUGAAGGCCCCUCCCACCCUGCUGAACUGGGACGUGGUCCAAGAGAAGAUGCCCUGGAACAUCCUCUUGCUACUGGGAGGAGGCUUCGCUCUGGCCCGGGGCAGCGAGGUACCGUCUGUCUGUGUGUCUGUCUGUCGGUAGGUCGGUCAGUCUGUCCAAAUCGGUCGGUCUGUGUUUUCAUUUUUUAAACACAAAUGAUUACAUUUGUGGAUAUGUUUUUCUCUGUGUGCAGACGUCUGGUCUGUCUCAGUGGCUAGGAGAAAAUCUAGCCCCCCUGCAGUCCAUCCCUCCCUUUGCCAUCUCCUUCCUCCUGUCUCUACUUACCGCCACUUUCACUGAGUGCUCCAGUAACGUAGCUACUACCACACUGUUCCUGCCUAUACUGGCCUCUAUGGUAAGAGCAGACAGAAUCCCUUACAAAUUCACAUACACACACCCAGGCAACACACGGUAACACACAUGUCCAAUUAGCAAACCUGGAUCAAUGAUUUUAAGUGGUGCUAGAUUUAGUUUGGAGUUUGUCCUUUUGGGACUAUUCCUUUGGUUCCAUUUUACCGGGAAAACUAAAUCAAGGACAGCUAAGUAUAUGACAUGUGUAUUUGACCCAGGUCUGGCUCUUAGGCCUACACUAUAUGUUAAUUUCACCUCUUUGACCCAUGUGUGACCCUGUCUGUCUGUUCCCAGGCCAUAGCCAUUAAGCUCCACCCACUGUACGUCAUGCUGCCCUGCACCAUCUGUGCCUCGCUGGCCUUCAUGCUGCCGGUGGCCACACCUCCUAAUGCCAUCGCCUUCUCCUAUGGCAACCUCAAAGUCAUGGACAUGGUACGACCUACGACCAUUCACCCUUCACCCCUCAACCCUCUCCAUACAGUAAUUUGUGUAGAGAGUGAAAUACUAUCCUGGAUCCAAACUGAAUUUUUCUGUUUCACUGUUUCAGUCUGGUCAUCUCUUCAUUGUAAAAAACACUUUGUGACAAUUGCUGAUAUAAAAAGGGUUUUAUUCUGUAAAUACAGUAAAUGUGAUUAAUUGAUUCAGUCAUUGAAACCAGUAGUGAAACAGAGCAAUUCACUUUGGAUCCAGGCUAGUAGAAUACAUGGUUGUGAAACAUUCAGUCUGUGACCCAUGUUUCUACCUGUUUUUCACCGCACUGACAACAGGCGAAGGCUGGAUUCAUUCUGAACAUUGUUGGUGUCAUCACCAUCAACAUCGCCCUGAACACCUGGGGAGCAGCCAUGUUCAAUCUCAACACCUUCCCUGACUGGGCCAAUGUUACCACCAUACACACCCCCUGA